UCAUGUUUAUUUGGGCGGAUUAUGGUGAAUUAGUGGAACAUUGGUGUUGGUGUUUGCACUUCUUGAUGACAAAUGAUAAUGGAGAAUAAUAAAACUAUUGGCAAUUUUCCAAUUAUAAGUGAACCAAGUUCUAUCGUGAUGUCAACUGUACUUUUUAAUUCAGAUGAGAUUUUUAACACCAAUCAUCACGAAAGCAGUGCUAAUGGAAUAUUGUUCGACGAAUUUAAACCCGUUAAUCAAGCGAAAGAAGUUACUUUUGUGCGAAGCUUUGCCGAAACCGUUUGUUUAAAGCAGAUAGAAGAUAAAUCUACAGUGACUUGUAAUGUCGUUAAAGAAAGUUUAAAUCAACGUUGCUCUGACAGUUUUAAACGAUUCUCUGUUGAUAAUUUACUGCAGAAUUCUAACUACAGUCAUGACAAGCAAAGUGAAACACCGACGGAUGAUAGCAAACAAGUGAAUGCUGGAUUAUCACCGAACAAAAAGCUGAGGAGGAAUCGCACAACAUUUUCAUCAGAUCAAUUGUCAGCUCUGGAGCAGAUUUUCGAAAGGACACACUACCCCGAUGCUUUUCUAAGAGAGGAAAUUGCGAGUAAAGUUAACUUGAGUGAAGCAAGAGUACAGGUUUGGUUCCAGAAUCGCCGUGCAAAAUUUCGUCGAAAUGAGCGUAACAUUACCGUCAGCUCCCAAUCGCUGUGUACCAUAUCUCCUGCUAUACAUUUCCCGAAGCCGCCCGUACUAGUUAAACCGCAAAGCUCUGUGCAGCUAGAUUCGGCAAACUCCUAUUCGAUGAACAAACAGACGAUGUUUUCGAAUGCCCAACGAUUCGGAAGCUUUCCGUACAGUGAAAUCAUUUCACCGCAUGAUGCUAAUUCAUGUAAUUUCCAUCCAACAAAUUAUUCGUCUGCAGCAAUCGCGAAUUAUCAGUUUCCGGCAUUCAAAUAUUGAUCAACAGAUCAAUUCCAGCUCCGUGUUACUUAUAUUUAACUUUUUGCUUAAAAUAAUAUGUUUAACUUAUUCAUUUCACUUAGAACAUAAUAAUAAAAAUAAAUAAAUAAAUAAAUAAAUAAA